UCAAGGUUUUUUAUCUCAAACGUUUGAGAUUAUAAAAAUAGGGGUCUUGCUUUUCUGUGUUUUUCUUCUUUCGAUCUUUGGAAUGUAUCACAUGUUUCCAUCCAUGUCAGAGAAAACAAAGAGCCAUAUAUAGGUUAUGUUGCUGUUUUUUGUUGUUAGUAUGUUGAAAAUGACCGAAUAAACAGGUCGAAAUAUCCAAAUGAAAGGUUUCAAAACAGCCGCAUUAAUUAAUCUAUUCUGCAUUAAAUCCUUGCCCAUUACAUUUUCUAAUAUAUCAAAGUGUGUGUGAGAGAUUUUUAUGAAAAACCAUCAGUCCAUAGUGUGUUUCUAUCAUAACUAAAGACAAUUUCGCUUUUUGUUUAAUAUCAUUUAGAGACAAUUGCGCCUCAUACUCAGUUGUCAUUUUCGUACGUUUAAAAUAAUCACAACGAUAUUUGUGGCAUAAGGAUUUCGUUGUCGUUAGAAAAGAAAAUGAAUUAUAUUUUCUCAUUUUUUGUCAACAUCAUUGUUGUAUUUUUUACUUUGUUGUUUUAGGUCGAAAGAUCAACAACUAGAACUGAUUAGUGUUGAAGGUUUUUAUGCACAAGCACCACCUGAAUUACCGAAUAAAGAUGUGAUUGGAAAUGAUCAACAUCGUUUACAUUUAUUUCAACUUGAUUGGGAAUCGAUACAACGUGAACGUUUAAAUGAAGAACGUAAAACAUUCUUGACAUAA